AUGGUGGAUCACCUGCCGCUUGGUGAGGAGACCUUCCUGUAUUACACCGGCUCCCCGGGGUCGGACUACAACUGCCUCUGUCACCACGCUAAUGGUGGCGCGUUGCCAGGAAUCAUGGUAUCCAACGCUGGCAUCUACGACCACCACCACCACCACCCCUACCAAGGGGUGACGCUCUCCUCCUCCCCUCGCCCCUCUGAGGAUGACCUCAGUGACUCCUCCAGCCCUCGGUCCUCGGUCUGCUCCAGCCCUGAGGCCUCGUCGCCGACGUUGCGGCACGUCCUCGGUGCCAGCUACGAAAGCCGGGGCAGCCGGAGCAGCGGGAGCUGUAGCUCCUGGGGAGGAGAGAGUCGAGACAGCCUGCUGGACCUCCUCCUCUCGCAGGCCUCCCACCCUCGCAGCAGCUCUCACUCUUCUUCUCUAUCUUUCUCCCUAUCCCCAGCCCCCCUGUCCUCUUCUUCCUCCUCAUCUGCCCCUCUUUUACCCAUGGGCCUGGCCUGGGAGUCCAAGAGGGAGCAGCGGAUGACUCUCCUCCAGCAGCACGCCAAAGAGGACUGCUACGAGUUCCCCGUUUUCCUGGACGAGAUGCAGGAUCCGGCGGCGCUCCUCUUUCAGCCCACCUUGGAGGAGAUUGAGGAGUUCCUGGAGGAGAACAUGGCGGUGGCAUUGGGGAAAGAAGAGGAGGAGAGUGAUGAGGCCAUGUCACCAAUGCCAGAGGAUGCUGAGGCGAAAGGUUCAAGGACUAUAGCAAGAGAACUCGUAUUAGUGUCACAGAAUUCGGAUCAGACUUUGCCCGCGGUUCAUUCGCCGCUCUCCUGCUACACAGAGACCAAACACACACAAUGUGCAUCAGACAUGGACAACUCGCCACCAGCAGUGGAUUUUAGUUCUCCUCGUGGUGUUGACGAGAUCAAACAUGAAGAUUGUGGUUCACCACCGGCCUCAUCAGAAGGUACCGGUGCCUCCAGCGUGCCUGUCAUCCUGCAAAUACAGCCCAUCCAGAUCAAACAAGAGCCCAACACCAGUGCCAUCCCAGAUGCUGCCACCCAGCAAACCCAACCCCCAAAACCCCAGCCUGCGCAGCCCCCGUCGGACAUCAAAAUCGCCCAACUCCUGGUCAACAUCCAGGGGCAGACCUUUGCCUUGGUACCACAGCUGCUUUCGCCGACAAACAUUGCCAACUCAAUCAAAAACGGGAGCACCGUGUUGCCCAAAUUUGUCCGGAUCGCACCGGUGCCCAUCGCCGCCAAACCAACUGGGCUUGGGGAAGGCGGGGGCUCAACUGCUGGGGUUCUCGUCGGGGGUCAGAGGUACCAGAAGAGCGCAGUAGCGGACUUAAUUAAAAUGCACAAGUGCUCUUUUCCCGGCUGCAAUAAGAUGUACACCAAGAGCAGCCACCUUAAAGCCCACCUGAGGAGGCACACGGGGGAGAAGCCCUUCGCCUGCACGUGGCCCGGCUGUGGAUGGAGGUUCUCCCGGUCCGACGAACUUUCCCGACACCGGCGCUCCCACUCGGGAGUGAAACCAUACCAGUGCAUCGUCUGCGAAAAGAAGUUUGCCCGCAGCGAUCACCUGUCAAAACACCUCAAAGUCCACCGCUUUCCACGAAGCAGCAGGACAGGGCGCUCUGCAAACUGA